GUGUCCCACACAUUACUUUAUUACAGUUAUCUAGUUACCCCAAAACCUACAGAGCCCGCCCGCCGCCUCACAGCCCGGACCACCCGGCCGCCUUCACCCUUCCCCGCCCUCAAUAUGGCGCCGCCUCGUCAGACGCUGUUAUUUAACCGCACUCCGCGCCUCCUCCUCCUUUCCCUGGCCGCACAGUCCCCGCCAGGACACCGCACACUGGCCGAGGCUUCAGUACAGGCCCGGGCCGUGCGGUAACGUCUCUCAGUGUGGACGGCGCCCAGUCCACCCGCUAUAGUCGAUCCCCCCCCCGCGCGGGGCGGGGCCUCACGUGACGAGGGCGGGGCGGCUCCCGGGAGUGCUCGGCGGCUGCUGUGUGUUUAGUCGGGACGCUGCCCGUACACAGGCGGAUCCGGCGGGACGGGACGGGCUCCGGUGUCUGCUUCAUCCGCCUCCUCAUCGUCCCCCGAUUGCUGAAGAAGAUGGUGGAUCGUCUAGCAAACAGUGAAGCCAACGCAAGGCGUAUAAACGUAGUGGAGAGCUGCUUUGGGACAGCCGGGCAGCCCCUGGCAAUCGAGGGCAGGGUUCUUAUCGGAGAAGGCGUCUUAACAAAACUCUGCAGAAAGAGACCCAAAGCCAGGCAGUUUUUCCUGUUCAAUGACAUUCUUGUCUAUGGAAAUAUUGUCAUUCAGAAGAAAAAGUACAACAAACAGCACAUAAUCCCUCUAGAGAACGUUACCAUCGACUCCAUCCAGGACGAGGGAGAUCUGCGCAAUGGAUGGCUCAUCAAAACCCCCACCAAGUCCUUUGCCGUGUACGCGGCCACGGCCACCGAAAAAUCCGAAUGGAUGAACCACAUCAACAAGUGCGUGUAUGAUCUAAUAUCCAAAGGCGGGAAGACCCCCAAUAGUGAGCACGCGGCCGUCUGGAUCCCCGAUUCUGAAGCCACCACUUGUAUGCGCUGUAAGAAAGUGAAGUUUACUCCGGUCAACCGGAGGCACCACUGCCGGAAAUGUGGAUUUGUUGUUUGCGGACCCUGUUCAGAGAAGAAGUUCCUUUUGCCGAAUCAGUCAUCUAAGGCUGUACGGGUAUGUGAUUUCUGCUACGAACGUCUGUCUAGUGGGGAUUUACCCACUUGUCAGCCGGGCCGCUCAGACUUUCUCUCCAGUUCUCCCAGGAUGGCGAGUCACAUGUCUGACGACGAGGACGAUGACAGCAGUGACUGAGGGAACUAAGACCAGGACUGUUCACUGGGAGAGGAAGGAAAAUGACGUUUAGCUGCUUUUUACUGGGGAGCAUAUAACCUGCUUUUCAGUGGACUGUGUAAACCCCAUCCCCCGUAUCAGUGAUACUUCUAUGCCUGAGAAUAUUUACCUACUUGUGCCUUGAUAUAACAAUCAUUUUGGUUCUUUCAGGGAAAAACUUUACAAUCGUUUUGCUCUUUCUUCUGCUUCUUCCCCCCCCAUAGCGUGCAUAUAACGUGUUUUUAUAGAGGAUUGAGAUUCCUAUUUGUUAUCUUUUUAUACAAAUCUAAAGGUGGGAGUUUGGGGCAUUCAAGGAAUUUUCUGCAACGUGCCUUUCAGCGAUGACAUCGAAAAGCGUAGCUUCCAUUGUGAUUAAAGGGGAAUUACGCCUUUUACAAUCAGGACACAUUAUCUCUCGACCCAUCGGUUUCCAGUUAUCUCACUGAAAACAGAUCAGGAGAAUCCAGACUGAGGUUGCGACAGUCUAUUUACAUUGUUUCGGCCGCCGUUUCAUGGCAAACAUACACAGUGAAUUUUUCAGAUUUUUAUUUUUUGCAACGCUGUUCUUCCAGCCAACGUAAUGGAAACCUGACGGAAUUGAUCGUAAGUCAGGUGAUGGGAUGACAUCUGUUGUACAAUGGAUCUGGCACUGUCAUGGUUUACAAUUGUGUCUUACCAAGGCCUCCUAUGGCCAUGUUCACGCAGCGUGGAUUCUGCACCAAAGUUCUUCAGUAAACUACAGCAGUGUUUCCCAACGAGGUUGCCUCCAGCUGUUGCAAAACUACAACUCCCAGCAUGCCCGGACAGCCAAAGGCUGUCCGGGCAUGCUGGGAGUUGUAGUUUCUCAACAGCUGGAGGCACCCUGGUUGGGAAACACUUGAACUACAGUGUCAGGUGAAUUGUAGAUUUCAAAGCACCAAAUCCUAUGCACACUUAGGGUGCAGAUCUUAGGGCUUACGGUGGAAUGUGUGGUCAAUGGCGUGCUUUAUUCUGCUGCGAAAAUGGUUAGGGCCUCAUUCACACAAGCGUAUUGGUAAAUGUCCGUAAUAAGGACGUAUUUUGGAUGAAAUACAGUCAGUAUUGCUUCAGUAUUACAUCCGUAUUUCUGCACAGUGAAUAUUGUCCUCUAGGCCAGGGUGCCUAAACUACAACUCCCAGCAUGACGGGAAAUGUAAUUUUGCAGCAGCUGGAGAAACACAGGUUGGGGGAUUACUGC